AACGUGAAGGCUCCACCACUCCAAAAACAGUGCCACCACAUGUUCAAAGUUCAAACACGACAACACAACCAACAGAAAUGGAAAACAUAAACAAGACCAAAUCAAUUCAAAUACCCAACUCUUUUUCCAAAGGAAAAGAGUCGAUUUCCGUGACAAGCAAGCUUCAAGGUUUCUUCACCCACGGGCAACUGAUUAGGCUUAUUGGUUAGAAAUCUCAUCUGGGUCAGCUUCAGAUGGGUCACGAAUUGCCGGAAAUCGCCCCUCUGCGCGCCUCGCCGCCGCCUCCGACUUCGCUGGCACCUGGGUUUCGGUUCCACCCGACGGAUGAGGAAUUGGUGCAGUACUAUUUGAAGCGCAAGGCCUGUGCUAAGCCUUUCCGAUUCGAAGCCGUAACCGAAAUCGACGUCUACAAAUCUGAGCCCUGGGAGCUCGCAGGACAUUCAAGGCUCCAGAGCCGAGACUUAGAGUGGUACUUUUUCAGCCCAGUAGAUAGAAAGUAUGGUAAUGGAGCUCGGUUGAAUCGGGCAACUGGAAGAGGGUAUUGGAAGGCCACUGGAAAGGAUCGUUUUGUGCGUCAUAAAGGUCAGACAAUUGGUAUGAAAAAAACACUCGUGUUUCAUAGUGGUCGAGCUCCAAAAGGAAAUCGGACUAAUUGGGUCAUGCAUGAGUACAGGCUUGUUGAUGAAGACCUAGAGAAAUCUGGAGUGGCACAGGAUUCAUUCAUGCUGUGCAGAAUUUUUCAAAAAAGUGGGUUAGGACCACCAAAUGGGGACCGAUAUGCCCCAUUCAUUGAGGAGGAAUGGGAUAACAAUGCCUCAUUGGUGGUUCCAGGAGAAGAGGCUGGGGAUGAGAUGCUAAAUGAUGAUGAUGCAGAAGUUGAAAGAAAUGAGCUUGAGCAGGAUGUUCAUCCCAUCGACAAGGCCCCUCUGCGUCUAGUUGAGGUUCCAUAUAUUUCUGAAAACAUUCCAUUUGUUUGCAAAAGGGAAAGGUCCGAUGAUUGCCCUCUACAAGGUACAUCUGAUACUGAACCCAUCUCGUUAGUCCAUAAUAAAAGAUCAAAGAAUGAUGAUCCCAACACCAGCCGUGCAAAUGGUUCGGAAGAUUCAACUACAACAACACAUGAUCUUCGCAUAUCUACAACAAUGACCACUUCAACGAAUUUUUCCUCUGCUUUUUUGGAAUUCCCAUUGUUAGAGCCUCUUGACCCCAAGGAAAAUCACACAAGUAACUUCCAUUCAUUUGACGCUUCCAACCUUGAGAAGUCCGUUCCGCCCGGCUACUUGAAAUUUAUCAGCAAUUUGGAAAAUGAAAUCCUCAACGUUUGCAUGGAGAGGGAGACUUUGAAGAUUGAAGUGAUGAGAGCCCAGGCAAUGAUCAACGUUCUUCAAUCGCGUAUGGACAUUCUUGACAAGGAAAACUGCGAAUUGAGAAGGGUUGGCUGAGAAGUGUAGCUAUUUCCGGCACCUAUGUAAUUCAGUUUCUGGGGGGGUUGGUUUGAGUUCCUAACUGUCUUCGGAACUGUAUCGAUCAUCUGAAUAAGUAAAACCCAAUAGUCUAGCCAUUUGCAGCACUCAAUGUAUACUAGUUUUGUAGUAGUUGUCUGUUGUAACAUGAAUCUGAAUGGCUGUACCAAUAGCCAUCGCGAUGAUGUCUGUUAAACCUAUUCUAUUUCGAAUAAAAUGAUAUUUUUUCGUGUCU